GAGAGAGAGAGAGAGAGAGAGAGAGAGAGAGAGAGAGAACAAAACAUAACGAAGAGAAAGGAGUGCAUGGUGGAUUCGAAGCAAAAUGGCAACAGGGUUUAAUUAAACCAGUGCACAUUUGCCUAAAUGCUUGUAUAGAUUUGGAAUGAAGUAAAUUUGGAUGAAGCUUUUGUGAUAACAAGGUACCGUUCUUGACGAAUUGGUUGAGCUUUGGUGGUAGGUUAUGGAGCAUCUAAGCUUCACAGUUCCAUGGCUUCCAUGGACGAAGAAGAAAUAUAAAGAAUAUACUCAGUGUAUCUCAAAAACCCCCUUCAUCUGCAUCUAUUAUCGCUAAAAUCCAUACCCAUUUGCUCUUUAAUCUGUUAGAAAUGCAAGCUCUGGCAUACAAUGUUCAGCAACUGCGAAUGAUGGUAGAAUCUCGUGUUUGGACUUCGACCCAUUUCUUGGGAAGACGAGAACUGUUCUUUGAUGGUGUGUCGUCUGUAUGGUGUCCUUCAAAUCCCAGCAAUUCCCAAUCCAUUUCCAUCCUAAGGAAUGCUGGUGAUGACCCUGGAGAUCUUUGUUCUAUAAUGAGCAGCAAAUUUCUUUUCACAACUCGGCGGAGGUUAUUUGCUAGUUUGUUUCUGAGUUUGUGGCCUUAUCCUUCUAGUGUAUUUACAGCUCAAGCUUUGGGCGAUCCUUCUAUAAGCAUAGAUGAAGUAACCCCCACUUUUUCACCUUCCGGAGCCUUUUUCCGUACAGAGGAUAGAGUUGUCGAAUCGUUUGAGAAAAAUACAUACUCUGUUGUCAACAUUUUCGAUGCGACUUUGCGUCCUCAACUCAAUGUAACUGGAAUGGUUGAGAUUUCUGAAGGGAAUGGGUCUGGAGUAGUCUGGGAUGAUCAGGGACAUAUAGUAACAAAUUAUCAUGUAAUUGCUAGUGCCCUUGCAAGAAAUCCGAGUGCUGGGCAGGUUGUUGCACAAGUUAAUAUCCUAGCAUCCGAUGGGAUACAAAAGAAUUUUGAAGGCAAGCUCGUUGGUGCAGAUCGCACGAAGGAUCUUGCGGUUUUAAAGGUGGAUACCUCGAACAAUUUUUUGAGGCCAAUCAAGGUGGGGCAGUCAUCUUCUCUUAAAGUGGGGCAACAGUGCUUGGCAAUUGGAAAUCCUUUUGGUUUCAAUCAUACUCUCACAGUUGGAGUCAUUGGUGGAUUAAAUCGCGACAUUUUUAGUCAGACUGGUGUCACCAUCGGAGGUGGAAUCCAAACGGAUGCAGCUAUCAAUCCCGGGAAUAGUGGAGGUCCUCUACUUGAUUCGAAAGGCUAUUUAAUCGGUAUUAAUACCGCUAUUUUCACUCAAACAGGAACAUCAGCUGGUGUUGGUUUUGCAAUCCCAUCUGCAACCGUAGUCAAGAUUGUAUCUCAGUUGAUCCAAUUGGGUAGAGUCGUGCAGGCUGGCACAAAUCUAGAUUUUGCUCCCGACCUGAUCGCGAAUCAACUCAAUGUUCGUGAUGGAGCUCUGAUUCUGCAGGUUCCUGCAAAUAGUCCUGCAGCCAAAGCCGGACUGUUGCCCACCACUAGAGGUUUUGCAGGUAAUUUAGUACUCGAGGAUAUCGUUGUUGCCAUCGAUGAUAAGCCAGUAAGAAACAAAGCAGAAUUAUACAAGUUAUUGGAUGAGUACAACGCAGGAGACAACGUUAUUUUAAAGGUAAAGAGAUGAGGGCAAAGUUUGGAGCUGGCUUUGAUAUUAGAAGAAAGUCGGUAGUAGAACGUCGCGGUGAAGAACACGAGCUAAGCAUUUCGACAUUCUACUUGGAAUCAAAUGGAGAAGAAGAAGAUUAAGGUAAAAUGAGGGAUCUUUUGUGUUGAAAUCAAAGGUUUUCAUGAAAAUUGUGGAGUUUCUGCGAGAUAAUGGAACUGUUUCAGCUGAGUUGCAUAUGAAACUUGGUGAGUUCUCAUGGUGGGCUCAAGCUUUUGUUGAGCCCAUAAUGGAUCCAAGUCGAGAAGAGUCGCGGCCCAGAAUGAGUCCGCCACAAUUUUCACACCAUAUUAUUCUAGUUUGACUCGACUCGAACUAUUAAACUCAAACCAUAAAAAUUGAAUUGUAUUAAAUUUUCUUUUUGUUUG